AUGAGGGAUUUGCUGAUUCAGAGAUUCAAAUUCCAUCCUGAGGAUAUUGAGCUUUUAACUGAUAAACCUGGAAGUUUGGUGAUGCCUACUGGUGCCAACAUCAUCAAGUCUCUUAACAGAAUGGUUGAUCAGGCUCAGCCUGGUGAUGUCUUGUUCUUUCAUUACAGCGGCCAUGGAACACUUGUAGAUAAAUCCUUCUUACCUUUCUCGAAAGAGGAGGCGAUCGUCCCUACCGACUUCAAUCUCAUAACCAAUGUGGAUUUUAGACAUCUCGUCAACAUGGUUCCAAAAGGAGCAACUUUCACCAUUCUUUCUGACUCUUGCCACAGUGGAGGACUCAUUGACAAAGAAAAGCAACAGCUUGUUGAAUCUUCAAUAAAUCAUGGCGCGGAGCAUAGUUCUUCCAUCACCAGCAGCAAGAACAAGGGCAUAACUUUAGAAUCUGUUUUGCAACACCUCUCCUCUUUGACAAACAUAAACAGCACAGAUGUGGGAACUCACUUGUUGGAGAUCUUUGGAGCCGAAGCGAGCCUUAGGUAUCGGCUUCCUCAGAUCGAGUUAGACAUGUUCAAGCCAAAUCAAGAUGAAGGAAUUCUUCUCAGCGGAUGUCAAACAGAUGAAACAUCAGCAGACGUCGUGUUGCAGAAUGGGAAGGCCUAUGGAGCAUUUAGUAAUGCAGUUCAACAAGUUCUGAAGGAAAAUUAUGAACCGUUGACUAACAGAGAGUUGGUUUCCAUGGCUCGGAAGGUUUUGAUGAUGCAUCAGUUUAAGCAACAUCCAUGCCUCUACUGCAGCGACCAAAAUGCAGAUGCAGCUUUCUUAAAUUGA